AUGAGGUGGCCUGGACACAAUCAACUUGUUGCUGGCCGGCGCCUCGUAUUAGCCCACUCGGCUGCUGGUCCUGGUUGUCGCUACACCUCAGCAGCACCACAAAACGCUAACACUGGUUACUACGAUAUCGCGAGGAGCUGUGGCCUUGUUCUAGCGCCCCAAAUCUUAAUGCAGUCCCAGGCUAGUCCCAAGUGCGAGACGAUAGUGAGACCUCGGUAUGCCACGCCUCGACCAAUCGCAGCGCCAAACGCGUCGCCACUUGCGCACCCAGGCGGGGUAUAUAUAUCAAGCAGCAGAGAGGGGCGCAGCAUUCUGGAAUUACUUAGGCUUUCCCCCGGUGAGUUCCUCCACAUCGAUGUGCUUUCUUUUUCGCAUCUUCUUCCAAUCGAAUUCGAUAUUAAGCAAUCAAGUCAACUAAAGCACGUCGAAAUGGAUUCAGUCAGCGAAUCCUACUCACACUACAUACGCAAUAGAUAUCUACCAUUUCAUGACAGUGGAUUCAACUCUACCGACACAAUGGGACAUAGGAACGACAGAUGGACUCCGUCACGGUCCUCCUCUCCAGUAUCCUUACCACUAGACUCCUACCAUUCCGACCACUACGGUGUCUUCUUUAUGGAUGAGGACAUGAACCACAGGUCCUUCGGCGCCGUUAAAGAGGAAGCCGAGGAGGAAUGUUGGAACUCCACUUAUCAUUCUUCAGUAGAGAAACGGUUCACCAGCACUUCACUUCACUUCCCCGGUGUCUUUGUGGAAGGCUUCCGCGAUGGCCGAGUGGAAUUCAACAUUCCUGGAGUCAUGCGAGAUCAAUUCUCCCCUCCUGACGAAAUCAGUGUUCAUUUCAAGUUACCGCACGAUGAAAGUGGACAGAUGCGCAACUCCGACCUCGAUUGUCUCACAAAGGCCGGCGAGGUCAUGAACCAGUGGCGAAAACAAUACGAGACUCCCUACCAACCUUUGACAACACAGCAAUCAGUGUCUCUAUCCUACCGAUCCUACUUCGAAGGCGAUGACCCCCAUCCCUUUCAUUAUGACAAUGAUCAGGCAAUGGGCGUAAAGGGAAGUGGGACGCAGGACCGUCCUGAAUACUGUCGCGGCAUGACUAAUCUGGGACUGCGCCCACGUUUUUCCGGACACUGCCACCGCCGUCUGGUGUCCCCGUUAAGGGAAAAGACGUCGCGAAGUCGUCUUUUCCCGACACAGAAAACCGUCGUCGUGAUUGAUUGGAUCGCGGAGUGGGACGAGACGCUGGCGUACACAAACACUUGUACGCCUUCGCUGCGAAAGCCUGGUUUAGCUAGGGAUUUGCGGUAA